GCGGGCGCUGGGGCGGAGGAGCCGCCGCCAUUUCGGUGUCGCUGCGAGCGGGGCCGGGGCGGCGCUGGGGGGGCGGCGAUGGAUCCCGGAGCCCGCCCGGGCGGCGGCGGCGCCCCGGGGCAGUCCCGCGAGUACAAGCUGGUGAUGCUGGGCGCGGGAGGCGUCGGCAAGAGCGCCAUGACCAUGCAGUUCAUCAGUCACCGCUUCCCAGAGGACCACGAUCCCACCAUCGAGGAUGCCUAUAAAAUCCGGAUCCGCAUCGAUGACGAGCCUGCCAACCUGGAUAUCUUGGACACAGCAGGACAGGCAGAGUUCACAGCCAUGAGGGACCAGUACAUGAGGGCUGGAGAAGGGUUCAUCAUCUGCUACUCCAUCACGGACCGGCGCAGCUUCCACGAGGUGCGCGAGUUCAAGCAGCUCAUUUACCGCGUGCGCCGCACCGACGACACCCCCGUGGUGCUGGUGGGCAACAAGUCUGACCUGACCCAGCUGCGCCAGGUGUCCAAGGAGGAGGGCUCUGCCCUAGCCAGGGAGUUCAGCUGCCCCUUCUUUGAGACGUCGGCCGCGUUCCGUUACUACAUCGACGACGUGUUCCACGCGCUGGUGCGCGAGAUCCGCCGCAAGGAGAAGGAGGCCGUGAUGGCCAUGGAGAGGAAAUCCAAGCCCAAAAGCAGCGUCUGGAAAAGACUCAAGUCCCCCUUUAGGAGGAAGAAGGAUUCAGUCACUUGAACAGAAAAAUGCCUCCGCAGAACAGGACAAAAGCUGUGACCUUUUGUAGCCAAAGGAGCUGGUGACGAUGCUGACGGGAUGUGUGACACCUGAGGGGACUUUGUGAGGCAAUGCCUGACUCUGCCAGUUGUUGUUGUUUAGAACCGUGUUGCCUUGAUUCUGGGUGUUGAACUUCAGACCCAGUGACAGUUGUACUUUGUUUGUUGUCGUUUUCUUACUGGACCCAGCAGGUGUUGGCCACCGAGGCCCAUGGGUUCGUGGCCCUGCACUUUGGAGUGUUUGUCCUUGGUCACAGCGCCCUGGGAGCUGAACUGUGCAAAACAUUCCUGGGGUUGGACCCAGCCUCGCUGAGUCUGUGGUUUUCCCAGUUGGAAAAGAGGAUUUUGCUGCUCUCCACAGCAACAGCCCACAGUGUGAGAGGCUGAACAAAGUGUCAUGGCCUUGGAGGUCACUGAAUUUCUUGGCUGGAAUUUCUUGUGCCCUCGUGGAACAGAUUUCUUUCCAGGAAAAUUGACGUGGAAUCCUUGCGCGCGACCUCACCCAAGUGAUCAGUGCUGUAGGUGGGAUGUAAACAAGCCAGAAUGGCAGAAUCAUUUCAACUGGAAAGACCUCUGGGAUCAGUGACCCAGCACCACCCUGUCCCCCAGAGCAGAGCAGGCAGUGCCACAUCCAGGCCUUUAAACCCCUCCAGGGACAGUGACUCCACCACCUCCUGAGCAGCCCCUUCCAGAUCCAUCCCCCUUUGUCCUAGAGGCAGCACUGCAGGGACGUGUGGGAUUUUCCUGCUGCAAACAGCUCUCAAAGUGCUGCCACAGCCCCUGCAGUGGGAUGUGCUGGAGAAAGCACAGUUGGAGCUCCCUGCCCUGGUACAAAUCCUGCUGGGAACGGGGCACUGGCUUGUUUAGUCAUCCUGAAGGCAGCAGGGACUUUGGGGAGCUGUUUUGCAGAGAAAAUGGCUGAUCCUGAGGGUCUGGGCCCAGAACUGCCCCUCCCUGAUCCUGCUGAGCUCUCCAGUGAGUCCGAGCACGCUGGAGCAGAGAGGGAACAGAGACCCAGCAGCUCCUCCCCUGCUGAGCUCUCCUGUGCAGGUGAGCCAGGCACUCAGUGGUGCUCAUGAAGAAGGAUUUUCUGCUGAGGCAGAUGCUCCACACGUGGAGGGACUCUGUGCCCGGGAGCUGAUGGAUUUUCCACAGUUUUGGGAGCAGGUGCCUGGUGUUCCUCUGGGUUUUGCUGUUGAACAGGAGGGCAGAUCACAGCUGGGUCACUCAGACCUGCCUGAAAGCAGUUUGAGCCAAGUUCAGAGAAAGAUUCCAGAAACUUCUCUGGAGUGCUUCAUUGGGAGAGUGAAAGAGCUGAGCAGACUGAAGUGAUCCCCCCUGAUCACCUCUCAGAUCUGUGCUGCCCUGACAGUGCCAUCCAAACUGAAAACCCAGGUGUGAAAGGGUUGCUAAAGGAAGCGAGGAUUAAAAAAAAUACAUAUCUAUAUGUAAAAAACCCUCCUUAUUACCUGAGUAGGGCUGGAAAUCCUGUGCCUGUUGCUUUGAAGAAUAUUUUCUUGGUGGAAAACCUCAGCAAAAGAGAAGCGUGGCAGGGGCUGCAUUUUGGAUUUGCUUUGUGAUGAGCUGAGCAUUUAAAACUGGUUUCCAUUUCUCAUCUCCUCCCAGUGCUAUGCUGCUCUGGCAGCAAUCACCGAAGCAAAAAAUGGCUUGGAGAAUUCAGACUGAAGCAAAAAAUGACUGAGGAGAAUUCAGACUGAAUCAAAAAAUGACUGAGGAGAAUUCAGAUGGCUCGGAAUUCCAGACUCUCCCACCUUCCUGCGUGAGCAGCCAUCACUGGUGUUCUCAGUUUUGGAUUAAAAGCUGUGUAAAACUCAGAUAAAAGGCCACAGACUGGAGGAAGAGGAGGAGGAACGAGCUGAGAAGUGGCUCUGAAGCAUUUUCUGGGUCUGCCAGGUGUCUCAGAAGCAGGGCCUGAUGGUGAUGAUGGGUUUUGCAGUGCUUCUCCUUCAAAUGCCCAUCAGCUGAAGGAGCCUAGCAGAGGAAAACAGGACUAUUUUCACCCCUAAAAAAGGGAAUUCUGUGCCUUACCUGAGUCCUGCAGUGCAGUUUAGGUGUUUACUAAUGCCUGUUGCUUCUAGAAUUCAUAGAGCAGAAGAGCAGCCAGCACUUUUUUUGUUUGUUUUUUUUUUUUUUUUACACAGUGUUAUUCAAAGAGUUUUAUUUUUUGUCAUGUAUAAAUUUGUACACAGAACAAUGGCUUUAUUUGACACAAUAUAUAUAAUUUUUAAUACAAAAAACACAAACCUUUGCGUUGGAUGUGUCAGUCUGUGCUGGGGUUGCUCAGCCUGAGAGUGCUGAUGGAGGAAAGUUCAUUGGGGGCUUGAAAAUUUGGGGGGAAAAUGGCAUUUGAGUGGUGCAAAGCCUAAAAAUUCUGUGAGUUGGUGCUAAUUUGUUGCAAUAUGAACAUUUUCCACCUGUGUUUUCUCUGUGGUGAUUUCCCAGGGAGGGCAGGAGGAGCUGCCCGGGCUCAUUUGUCAGAUUAUGGCCUUUUUCUGACUCAGAGAUGGGGCAACUCAGAGGUGUUUUAAAACCUUUUAUUCCAUUUUUAGUCUCACAUGAAGGGUGAGGAAAUACAAAUAUUAU